AUUAAAAAGCGCCCAGUGGAUGCCUCCAACCGCCUUAAUUUGAGUGGUUGGCUCUGCAUGCAACACAACCUAGUGAACGAGAAACUGAAAAAGCCGCUGUUUGACUGUUCCAGGGUGCUGGAACGUUGGCGUUACGGCUGGGCAGAUGGCUCCUGUGACCUGUCAGUGGAGGAGGGAAAGUAG